AUGGCGCGACUCAACGAGCCGCCCAUCGCACCUUCUCUUGCGACGGCGAGUAGCCUGGCCAACGGACUCGGAGCAGGAGGUACAGGUGGCGAGAGUGUCGAAGUCUUAAAACGCCGCUUCAUACGACAGAACCGCGAACUCGCCAAGAACAACUCAAGUCAAAGUCUACGCAUCAGGAGUCUGGAAUUGGAAGUAUCGAAGCUUUUGGCGGACAACUUGGAGCUGAGAGAGCAAGUGCUUGGUCUACAGAACGAGCUUUACGAUGCACGUGUGCAAGCUUCGAGCGCAGCGGCCAAGAGACUGAAGGUGCAGUUACGCGCACAGAUUGCUCAGCUUGCGGGACUGGUGGAUAGCAUUGAUGACGACGGCUCCGAAGGCAUCGAGAAAGCAGUCCCGGAGAAGAAGGAGCGCAUAUUGAGCCCGAGCAGGCGAGAAUACCGAGAACGACAGCCACUUGCUGAGCUAAUGCGAGAUACGCAAAUGCCGACCAUCAAUGAGGGCAAGUCAUUCCCGCGGAGAACGCUAGAUGCCGAGCAGAUCAAUGAGAUAAGGCUCAGUGCUGGAAGCUCGGGAAGUGUUGAGCUAGGCCCACCACCGGUCGCCCAUUUCGUGGAUUCGCAGGAGUCGCUCGAGCAAGAGCCCGUUCAAGUCAACGAAGAGGGAUUGAUGCCAUCUGUUGAGAUCACCCGGAGAAAGCGAAGGGAUCCGUCGCAAUCAAGCAGAAGGUCGUCGAUACUCGCGGAAUCUCUUCUGAACGCCGACGAGGAGAAGCCUAGCACUAUGCUCAGAACAGGCGCAAAACGGAAGCUAGCAGAUCGUGAUCUCGAAAAGGGUAGCAGACCGCCAUUACAAGCAGAUUUCACGUUCAGCCGGAAAUCGGCGGUUGAGCAACCAGCUGCAGAGAAGCCGAAAAUCUCAGAGCCAGCUGUUGAGAUCAAGACGAGCAGUGAGACCGCUGAGAGGCCAAGUUCACCAGUCAGGCCAGAGAGGAGGAUCUUGAGCGAGAAAAGCACCAAUAUGUCUCCAAGAAAAGCCGCUGUGCCAACUGGCAAGCCCGCAAAGAAAGGAAUCUCCAAGCAAGCGGCGCCGAAGAUGGAGGCUGACAAGGAACGUCCUGCUUCUAGAGGCAGCAGGAGGUUAUCUUCGCUGAAUGUGCUUCCACCACCAGAGCCCAAGGACAUUGCUACGACAGUGGAGAUCCCAGCACCAGAGCCUGAAACGUCGCCUGCUGAGCUGGAUCCGAAGACGCCAUUCAUCGCAGCUGAAGAUCUUUUCUCGCCGCCACAAUCACAUCCGUCGACUGGAACCAACAUGUCUCGACAUGGCACACCACCUCCUGCCGAACUCAGCUCUCUAAGCAAUACUACGGAGGGCAGUCAAAGACCCUCCCGCCGAGCAAGAGCUGCUGUCAGCUAUGCCGAGCCCAGUCUGACCGCCAAAAUGAGACGUCCAGACAAGAAGAUGGUCGACGCCGUUUCUGGUCUACGAGAUCCCAGACUUGUUAUGAGCACGUCUUCGAGAUCUAGCAUCGGUCGACGCACAUCUGGGGACAUCUCUGAGCGAAGCAUGACCGGUAUCAGUGGAGGGCAGAAGCGGACAGGCACUGGUGAGGUCAAGAUAAAACCGGAACCAUUCGAAGACGACGAUUGGAAAGCGACACUGGAGAACACUUCUCGACCCAGCAUGGGCAGCCCACUGCGCCGUCGCGAUGCUUCAUCGCCAGAUCUUCCAGCUCAGUCGCCACUACGACCAAGUUCAGCAGCAGGCUCCGACACUGCGUCUACACUAUUUACUCGUACCCCUGCCGGCAUCGGCAACCUCCUCGCCGAGUCUAGGAAACGACGCGAGGCUAUGGAUGCUCGAGAAGCGGAACGAGAAAGCCGAAGAUCAUCACUGUCCGACGACUCCAUCACAGCUGCUGCCAAGAAACUCGAAGAAUUAGAACUUUACGACUUCAAGGACUCAUCUUCGCCAGCGACUGAGGAGGCUGCACAGACGAAGAAAUCCGGUCAUCGUAGGCAUUCCAGCGUGCCUAAGCCUGCUGCUCCUUCUAGCGGCGAAACGCAACGAGUGCCGUCCACAAGGGUCGCGAGUCGACGUCGGAGUAUGAUGUUGUGA